CCGUCUCCAGAUCCAUCGGAUCACGUGAAUUAAUCACGUGGACACGUCGCAGGCUGUGUUUCUGAUUUUGGGAGGCGUUUGUGUUUAUACAAGCUUUAAUUUGUGUUCGGUUUCUACUUUAUUUCAUUUAUAAGUCUUUAAAGCUUUAGCUGUUUGUCGUUUGCUGGGUCUAAAAGGCCCUUAUCUGUGUAGAUCCUGCUGUUUAUCUCGCUGUUAGCCGAGGAAGCUAACUGCACGGUGGAGCUACAAAGCGGAAAUGAGGUUUAUUUCUUUUUAAAUCGUUCUUUAAGUCCGUAUUAAAGAUAAAAUGGCGACUAUUCUGGAUGAUUAUGAAGACUCUCAGCUGAUCAGACACCCGGUUCAACCUGGACGACUUCCUGCGGCCAACAUGAUCGGGAUAACGCACUCAGGAUUUGUGAACGUGAGGCUGGAGGAAGAAAAGCCGAUCUUCAACAAGCAGCGGAUUGACUUCACGCCUCCCGAGAAGAUCAAUCACUUCGCCGUGUGCAACAACCAGCUCUGUAUGAGUCUGGGGAAGGACACGCUGCUCAGGAUCGAUCUGGGGAAACCGGAUCAGCCGAACCAGAUCGAGCUGGGAAGGAAGGACGAUUGUAAAGUACAUAAACUUUUUCUGGACCCGACAGGAUCCCACUUGGUGAUUAGUCUGACCACGAGCGAGUGCGUCUACCUGAACAGAAACACUCAGAAGGUUCGCGGUCUCUCCAGAUGGAGGGGGCACUUAAUAGAGAGCGUCGGCUGGAACAAGAUUUUAGGCAACGAAACAAACACCGGACCGAUUCUGGUCGGAACGAGUCAGGGUAUCAUUUUUGAGGCAGAGAUCUCUGCUUCAGAGGGUACGAUCUUUAACACCAACCCAGACCAGUACUUCAGGCAGGUUCAUUCCUUGGAAGAGGACGGAAAGCCGGCGCCGGUCUGCUGCCUGGACGUUGAACGCGGGAUCGAGUCAAAGUACUUCAUCAUCGCCACCACCCGCAAACGGCUCUUUCAGUUCGUCGGCAAGUUAGCCGAAGGUUCGGAGCAGCAAGGCUUUAGCCCGAUCUUCGCUCAGAAUCAAGAUAUCUUACCCAGCUUUCAGGAGUUUCCCGUCAACAUGGGCUACAGCGAGAUCGGCUUCUACACCUCCAAGCUCCGCUCCAGCCCUAACUCCUUCGCUUGGAUGAUGGGAAACGGGGUUCUGUACGGUCACCUGGACUACUCUCGGCCCGACUCUCUUCUCACCGACGUCCAUGUCUGGGAAUACACCCCAGACAUCGACUUCAGCUACAACAAGCCCAUCUCCAUCGUGCUCACCCAAUUUCAUUUCCUUCUCCUGCUCCCCGAUCGCGUCAAGGCCAUAUGCACCUUGAACGGGCAAGUAGUCUACGAAGACGUCUUCCCCGAUAAGUACGGCCCCCUCAAAAAGAUAAUCAAAGACCCCGUCGGCGGACUGGUCUGGAUCUACACCGAGAAAGCCGUCUUCCGGUACCACAUCCAGAGGGAGUCCAGAGAUGUCUGGCAGAUGUACAUGAACAUGAAGAAGUUUGACCUGGCCAAAGAGUACUGUAAGGAUCGGCCGGAGUGCAAGGACACGGUGCUCGCCAAGGAAGCGGAGCACUGGUUCCAGAACAAGCAUUAUCUAGAGAGCGCAAAGUGCUACGCGCUGACUCAGAACUACUUCGAAGAGAUUGCGCUGAAGUUCAUCGAAGCCAAGCAAGAGGAAGCUCUAAAGGAAUUCCUCCUCCGGAAACUGAACAACCUUAAACCCGGAGAGAAGACGCAGAUCACGCUGCUGGUCACCUGGUUGACCGAGUUGUACCUCAACCGUCUCGGGCAACUGGAAGCGGAGGAGGAAAACGGUGCCCGGUUUAAGGAGAUGCGUGAGGAAUUCCGUCGCUUCCUGUGUAGCACCAAGCACAAGGAGUGCUUCUACAACAACCGGAGCACCAUCUAUGACCUCUUGGCAAGCCACGGCAACGUAGACGACAUGGUCUAUUUCUCCGUCAUCAUGCAGGACUACGAGAGGGUCAUCUCUCACUACUGCCAGCACGACGACUACGCCGCCGCGCUCGACGUCCUCUCCAAGCACUGCGACGAAAAGCUCUUCUACAAGUUCUCCCCAGUGCUCAUGCAGCACAUUCCAAAGCAAGUAGUGGACGCCUGGAUCCACAUGGGCGCCCGACUCGAUCCCAAGCAGCUGAUCCCGGCGCUGGUGAACUACAGCCAGAUCGGCAGCACGCAGCAGAUCAACGAGACCAUCCGCUACAUGGAGUUCUGCGUCAACGAACUCAGCGUGAAGGACGAAGCCAUCCACAAUUAUCUGCUGUCGCUCUACGCCAAGUACAAGCCCGAUUCUUUGCUGUGGUACCUCGAGCAGGCGGGAACGCAUGCCUCGGAGAUCCACUACGACCUGAAAUACGCCUUACGCCUCUGCGCCGAACACGGCUACCUGCAAGCCUGCGUGCUGGUCUACAGGAUCAUGGAGCUGUAUGAAGAAGCUGUGGAUUUGGCCUUGAAGGUGGAUGUGGAUUUGGCCAAGUCGUGUGCCGACCUUCCUGAGGACGACGAGGAGCUGAGGAAGAAGCUGUGGCUGAAAAUCGCCCGUCACGUGGUCCAGGAGGAGAAGGACGUGAAGAAAGCGAUGAACUGUCUGUCCAGCUGCAACCUGCUGAAGAUCGAGGACAUCUUGCCUUUCUUCCCGGACUUCGUGACCAUCGACCACUUCAAGGAGGCCAUCUGCCUCUCGCUGGACGAGUACCACCAUCACAUCGAGGAGCUGAAGCAGGAGAUGGAGGAGGCCACCGAGAGCGCACGGCGCAUCCGCCAGGACAUCCAGGAGAUGAGGAACAAGUACGGCGUGGUGGAGUCUCAAGAGAAGUGCGCCACCUGUGACUUUCCCUUACUCAACCGGCCCUUCUAUCUCUUCCUGUGUGGACACAUGUUCCAUUACGACUGCCUCUUCCAGGAGGUCACGCCGCACCUCUCGGCCUACAAGCAGAGCAAGUUGGAGGAGCUGCAGAAGAAGCUGGCUGCCACCACCCAGACCACCAAAUCUCGCCACAGACCCAAGGAAGAGGACGCCGUGAGCCUGGGGAAAGGCCAGGGCAGCCGAGAGCAGAUGAAAUCAGACAUCGACGACAUCGUGGCGUCCGAAUGCGCCUACUGCGGCGAGCUGAUGAUCAAAUCCAUUGAUAAGCCUUUUAUCGAUCCGCACAGAUUUGACGAAGAAAUGUCCAGCUGGCUCUGAUACCGAUCUCUAUAAUAUCAUCUGUAACGGCUUCACUGCCCCGAUCCCAGCACUCUGUACACACACCAACAUCAACUUUUAGCUCUCAUAAUCCCUCUGUGUGUGUGUCUGUGUGUGUGUCUGUGUGUGUGU